UUCAGUCUCUGCCGAUCGGCUGUUGGGUGAACAUCGCAGCAGCCGCUAUCCGUCGGAAACAACCAAAUCUCCCCCCUUUCCCCCUUUUUCCCCCCUCGUUGUCUAAUUUUCAGAAAACAAGAAAAAAAAAAAAGUGAGUUUCCUGUUGGUGACCAUGCGCAGAUCACCGACAAAGGUUGUUGUUAACUUGAAGUGCCGUUAGUUUCAAAUGUUUUGUUUUGUAUCAAAAUAAUCAAAAAAAAAAGUCGAUGAAAAGAAAUGCCCAACAAGUCGAUUCAAAAUGGAGAAUGUUGCACACCGGCCGGCUGCCUGUCGCUCGUUGACGGUGGCCUAUUAGCAAGAGAAGUCGACGCUGAUUUGUCUGAAGACGGUGACGGUGAUGCGGUCAAGGUGCUGUGCAACAACGAGAAUUGCACGACCAGUGGCUUGAUGCAUCGUCAGUGCUUCGACCAAUGGGAAGCUUCGAUUUUGCAUUAUUUGCGUAGUUGCGGCCGCGCCCGCAGUUGGUCUGAGCGUCAAAGAUGUCAAAAUUUGUGGACCAAAAAAGGAUACGAUUUGGCUUUCAAGGCCUGCGGGUGCAUAUGUGGACGCGGUCAUUUGCGCAAAGAUUGCGAAUGGCAGCCGGCAAAGAAACCGUUGGCAACCGAAACGGCUGUUGUCGCCGAACAGGACACUACAACAACAACACAACAACAAAAGAAUAGGCAGCAACGCGGCCGUAAAACGUUGACAAAAUUGCCAGUUGUCGUUGGGUCGCAAGCUGUUCAAACUAAACCCAGUAGUAGUAGUAAUAGUAGCAAUGGUAGUAGCAAUAAUAAUAGUGCAGCCCAAUUGAUGAUGAACAAUCAAAUUCGUCAUCGGGCCAAUAGUCUUUCUUCCACCGGCUCGACGACAUCUUCGUCUGGCUCGAGUUCGCCACCUGAGACGGCCGCUGCGUCUUCAUCGGCAGCUGCUGGCAACGGUGCGCCCGUCUUUGUGCUCAGCAAUAAUAAGAAUAAACGAACGAGCACCAACGAACGUGAAAGGCGGGGAUCGGGAAAUAGUGGACUUUUUGUUCAUCGGGCCAACUUUAGUUCAUUCAAUGCGUUACCACGCCACAAGCUCAACUCUUAUCACAUUAAAAUGGAAGAUGAGGGCAGCUACGGCAACGAUGACAUUCGUUGUUUCAUUUUGUCGAAUUUAGCCACCGCUAAAAUGUCCAAGACAUUUUGCGUCGUCUGCCAGAACGCCAUGCAAAUCUACGACAGGUACCCGCUCAUUGACGGCACCUUCUUCCUGGCUCCGAAGCAGUACUCCAAGGCCUGCAUUCCCGUGACUUCGGAAGGACGUCAGCAAUAUUUAAGCGCUGUUUGCAUGUCGUGUCUGGAGGGUUGGACGUGCACGUUGCGAUGCCGGUCGUGCAGGACGCCGUGGAACGGCGGUUCGUUUAUUCUCGGCACAUUGUACUCUUACGACGUUUUUGCUGGCACCCCUUGUUGCCCAGAACGCCUCAGGUGUAAUCAAUGCAGCGGAUUAGUGGUGCAACCUGAGCAAAGAUACCAGAACUUUUCGCAGUACAGUCGCGAUUUAUCGUGUCCUCACUGCGCCAGUCACGACCACCAUUUUGUCAAGCCACUGCCUGGCGUGUUCCAGCUCUUUCGAUCUUCCGGUCGGGAACAACACGCCAUCACCACACCUCCCACUAUUUAACACUGAAAUUUACUAAUUCAAAAAACAAGAAAAAACGGAAUAGGCUUAAAAAAACAAACAUCGAGAGUUAGGAUACAAUUUAGGUUGAUAAUUUUACACCUAAACCCCCCCAUCCCCCCAUGAAAGGAAUCUUGCAGAAAACAUUUAAGAAAUCAGGAUUCAAAAAAAAAAAAAAAAAAAAAAAUUGAGGAAAAUUAUUUAGCUACAUAUUUUCUAGUGUCGGCAAAGAAAGUGCGACAAUGAAACGAGAAAAAUAUAUAGGCGACCAAUCACAUUUUUUGCUAUUAAAACUAAAAAUGAGGUAAUGAUGAACGUAGAGCUUCUUCGUGACGACAAAAAAAAACAAAAAAACUCAAAAUUUUUCUUCUUAUACAAUAAUUAUCAAAUAGCGAUCAAGUGUUUGUCCUUGGUGAGGAAUGAGAUGUUUCAAGUUCGUUUGAAUGUCGAGAGAAUUAGUGAGAAUUUGCUGUUUGCGUCGCAUGAGCAACAGCAGGUUGUGCGUGUUGUGAAGAAGGCCCCAUCCCGUUCCCGCUUUAUGAAAAAAAAAAGAAGACUGCGGGAAAAAGGGCGGGGUCUCUAGUUGAGCGUGACGCUACGGACCAAGUACAAACCUGUUUAUUUUUUCUUAGUAUUUUUCGUUUUGUCUAUUUCACGUGAAUUCUCUCAGCCAAAUCAACAGCUGAAUGAAAUUCCUCCUUUAUUUUAUUUCUUCUUUCCUAGCUAAAAACAUGCAAAAGUCCUUAGAAUAUAUUAAAAACAUACGACAUUUUUUGCUAGAAACAACUUAUUAUUAAUUUAGCCACAUCAACGGCUUGUUUUUGUCGUCAAUGUUUAUACUACCACUACUGGAAGAAAUCAUUUCUUGUGCAUGUAACUAUUUGUUUUGGUUUUUUUUUUUUUUUUUGCUCGGUGGAACAAUAAAAUUGAGAAUUUCUA